AUGCAAAAUACAGAACUGGAUGUAUUCAGUACAUUGGUAAGUCAUCCAGUCAGGUUUAUAGACGCCAAUAAACAUCGUUAUACCGAAACAGAUCGAUUGCAAAGUGAUGAAACAGACGAAGAAAUACAAGAACUAACAAAACAAUCGACAAAAGCAUUAGAUUUAGAAAAACGCGUAAAGCACGUUAUCGAAACAUUACAACUUAAUCUUGAAGAUUCUACGAAUGAAAUUCCAGCUUAUUUUGGCUUUUUAAAAUUCGUAUAUGCAAACGAUGCUGAUAGAAACGAUCGUUUAUCAUCGUUCAUUCAUCUUGCCACUAAAUCACGACCUUGGACAGUAGCAAAUCUUAUCGAAGCAUAUCAUCUUCCUACUCCUGAUUUUAUCUUAUCAAUCCAAACAGGAAAUAAUCAUAAUCUUCUCAAAGAAAAAUCAGGCAUUCAAGUUGAAACUGAACAUGCUAUUCAACGUGGCCUAUCUGCUACAGCAAUGAUAACACAUCCAUGGAUUACAACAAGUUGUAUCAAUCAAGAUAUGAUUAGACUAGUUGGUAAUGCUCUUCAUAGUGAUAUGUGUGGAGUUGACGUUCCUUGCAUUAGUUUUUGUAAUUGGAAAUAUGUAGCAGAUCAUCAACAAUUAGAAAAAAACAGUGUUGUUACAUCAACACUUCAUGACACGCGAUUUGCAUUUGACGAUGAAGAUAAUAGACGACGUUCUAUUCAUGAAUAUCAAUUAAUAACAAAAAGAAAUUAUGAAAAUCGAAAUUCUGGUUGGCAUUUAGAUCCAAAUCAUACACAUUUUCUUCUUUUUGAUGAUGGAACUAAUGACGUAAAAAAUGUAUUAUUAAAACGUCAAGAAAUCGAACAUGAAUUUAGUAUUAGUCGAGCAUUAAAGUCACCUGUAGGUGGUUAUCAACCAAAGCACACAAGAUUUGAUAAUGAUAUUCCGAUUGUUAUGUUAUUAUUGGGUGGUGAUUUUACAACAUUAACUGCUAUAUGUAAAAGUUUAGAAAAUGGAACACCGCUUGUUGUUGCUAGAGAUACUGGUGGUCUAGCUGAUAUUAUUACUCAACUUUGCCGAAAAUUAUCUCCAAUUGAUGAACUAGCAGAAUUUCGAAAAAUAACGUAUAUUGAAGAAUGUAAAAUUGAAUUAAAAAGAUUAUGUUAUAAGGAAGGUAUACUUACAGAACGAGAUGAUGAAAUUAAAAUUGAAGAUCAAAUUAGUGAAAUUGAAAAAUAUAUAAAUGUGCUGAAUGAAAUGGAAACACUUAUUGUUGUUUAUGAUGCUAUAGAACAUAAAGGCAAUUUAGAAAAUGCUAUUUCAAGUGCAAUGUUAAAGGGUAUAAAAUAUCAAGUUGAAAAUUAUGAACAACUGCUUAGUUCAGAAACGAGAGCAGCUGAAUUAGUAUGGUGUUUGAUCUGGAAUAAAGAUGAUUAUGCACGACAGUUAUUAAUUGAUCGGAAAGAUCAGACAAUCAUAUCAACGAACGAUAUGUAUCCAAAAAAAGAUCAGAUAAAUACAUUGACACAACAACUACUAUUUGAAGCUUUGUAUCGAAAUAACGUUCUUUUUGUUAGUCUAUUGAUGGAACAUGGCGCAUCAAUAGAAGAUUUAACAGAUGAACAAUUUAUUAUUAUUUGUAUUAAAACUAUGAAUAACAAUGCACUUCCGCUUGAUCCAAUACCUAUUGAUAUGUUCUCACAAAAACGUAUUAUUAAUAUCAAUGAUCUUACACAAUAUGUCGAACGAACAUAUAACAAUUAUCUUCAACAAUAUUUAGGACAUUAUGAAAAUGAGCGAAAAAAGAAUCAAGCAAGACACCAACGCUUAAGUACACGUAAUAGAAAACAAGAUAUUAGUUCGAGUUAUACACCAAUAUCAGAAAUAUUCAAUGAACGUAAAAUUGAAGCACUUUAUCUUUGGUUUAUAUUUAUGAAUCAACCAAAUAUGGCGAAAUAUCUUUGUUCUAGAAGUCGAAAUCAAACAGUUGCAACUCUUCUUGCAGCUGAGAUUUAUAGUGAAGCAAUUAAAAAAGAUACCAAAAAUAAGAAGGAUUUAAAUAUAAUUGCACAAGAAUUUGAUCGACAUUCAAGAGGUAUCAUAGAUAAAUGUUUUGCUAAAGAUGAUAAUUUUGCUCUCAAAUUACUUAAAUCAAAAGCAACAACAUUCUACAAUUGUUAUCCAUUAGAUGUUGCACGACGUGCAGAUUGUCGAAUUUUUCUUGCUAGUAAUACAAUACAAAAACAUCUUCACGAUAAAUGGUAUCAUCAUUUUGAUCAUCAACGACGAUUUAUGAAAAUGUCAAGUUCUAUUUGGAUUUGUCUUGUAUCAUUAAUUCUACCUAUGAUACCCAUUGCUUCAGUACUUUUUCCUUGCUUAUAUAGAAAAUCAUCCAGCAAUUCAAAACCACAACAGGAAACAUCAAAUCUAUAUCGUUCGACAGUAACAUAUCAAUCAUUACCGGAAAAAGAUGAAAAUAUUGGUUCAAAUACUCCUAGUGUACGCGAUCGAAUUAAAUGGUUCUAUGAAGCACCAGUGGUACAUUUUUAUUAUAAUUUUAUAUUUUUUGUAUCAUUUUUGACUUUAUUCAGUUAUGUUCUUCUUGUGGAUUAUUUUCCAUUGAAUAUUUAUGGUGAAAAACGAUCCGGUAUUGAAAAUUUACCAAUACCAAUCACGGAAAUUAUAUUACAUAUUUGUAUUGGUAGUUUAAUUAUUGAUGAACUUUCUCAAUUUAUCUUACAAACUACAAAGAAAUAUCAUUACAGUACUAAUCCUUGGAAUUGGAUGGAUUUAGCGGGUAUUUUAUUCUAUUUAAUUGCAUUCAUUACUCGAUGGUUUGUUAUCGAAUCAGUUUUUAUAUGUUCAAAAAUAUUUAUGUCGAUCGAUCUUGUUAUAUGGUAUAUUCGAAUACUCUAUCUCUUUGCUGCAUACGAAGUGUUAGGACCCAAGUUAACGAUGAUCUAUGAAAUGAUGAAAGAUGCUUUAUUAAUCUUUUUAUGUUUCAUUCUGAUUAUAUUGUUUGGAUUCUCGAUUGCUUCUUGGUCUCUUUUAACAACUUCACAACAAGUUGUUUGGUCAAAUACAACUAAUGACACCGAUAUUAAAGUGACUGUACUCAGUGAAGAUACUGGUAAAUUAUGGCGUUGGCAAGUACUAAGAGAUGUUUUUAAUUGGGGUAUUUGGAAAGUAUUUGGACAAGUGGCCGAACCAUAUAAUGAUGCUGUUAGUGAAAAUGAUGCUUAUGGUACAUUUGUUUUCAUAUUUGCAAUUGGUUUUACAGUUAUAUCAAAUGUUCUUCUUCUUAAUGUUCUAAUUGCUAUGUUCAAUGAGAAGAUUUUACGUGUUCAAGAAAAAUCGAAUGAACUAUGGCGAUAUCAACGAUUCUGGUUAAUUUAUGAAUAUAAAGAUAAAACAAUAUUGCCUCCUCCAUUCAAUAUUUUAUGUUAUAUUAUUCAAGCUAUUGAAUAUAUAGUCUGUUGCAAAUGUCAUCCCAAAUCUUCUAUUUCAUUGAAUCAAUAUAUUAAGGAGUUAUCUGAACAAAAUCCGACAAUUAGGAAUACUACUGAACCGUCUCUAGUCGAUACACGUCAGAUGAAUCGUGAGAAAGUUUUUGGUGAAGCCUAUUGGGAACAAAUUUUUGAAGAAGAAAAACAAGAAAAAAUGUUAAAUCAAAAGAAAAGCGAUGAAACAAGUGAAAUAUUGCAAACUGAUGAUUAUCAAAAACUAAAUGGAACACUUCAAUCACUGGAAAAACUCGAUUUUAGCGAUAAACAAAUUGGCCAUAAAGGAGCUGAACAGCUUGCUGAUGCCAUACGAAAAAAUACGACACUUACUCAGCUGGAUUUAUCGAAAAAUCAUAUUGGUAAUCUAGGUGUUCAAUAUUUAUCCGAUGCUUUUCUACAUAACAAAACGAUUAUAACCCUUGAUCUCACCAAUAAUGAUAUCGGAGCUCAGGGUACUCAAUAUUUAGCUAAUGCCUUCCGAAACAAUAAAACACUCGUUGAAAUUGAUCUUUCGAAAAAUCAUAUUGGAAACGAAGGAGCCGAGCACAUAGCAGAUGCCUUCCAACAUAAUACAACACUUACAACACUCAAACUUCAAGCUAAUCGAAUAACAAAUUAUGGUGCCGAAUGUCUUGCUGAUACUCUACGAAAGAAUACGACAAUUACUAUGCUCGAUCUUCGAUGGAAUAAAAUUUCUGCCAAAGGAACACAACAACUGGCUGAUGCGUUAGCACAUAAUACUACACUUACAUUUCUUGAUCUUUCAUGGAAUGAAAUCGAUAAUAAAGGAGUUGAAUCUCUAGCUGAUACUUUACAAAAUAAUAAAACACUCACCACAUUGAACUUAGCAUCGAACAGAAUUGAAGGUCAAGGAGCUCAACGAUUGAUUGCUUCUCGCCAGAAUUAUAUGAUUCCUACAAUACUUAAUCUUUCCAGUAAUCAAAUUGGGUCCGAUGGAGCCAAACAUGUCGCUGAUGCUUUACAAAAUAAUAAAGCAAUUACUACACUCGAUCUCAGUAGUAAUCGAAUUGGAGAUGAUGGAUUAAAACAUUUGAUUGAUGCCUUACAAAAUAACUCAACACUGAUUACACUCAAUCUAUCCAGCAAUCAAAUUAGUCAGACUGGUAUCAAAUAUCUGACAGAUGCUAUAGAACAUAUUACUACACUCACGACACUUGAUCUUAAUUACAAUGAAAUUGGAGCAGGUGGUGCUAAAGAUCUAGCUGCUAUUUUAUUAACAAAUACAACACUAACUACUCUGUUACUCUCAAGUAAUCAAAUUGGACCUGCUGGAAUGCAAUAUUUUUCAUAUGCCUUGCAAAAUAAUAUGACAAUUACUACAAUCGAUCUAUCGAAGAAUCAGAUCGCAGAUGAAGGUAUCAAACAUGUAGCAAAUGCUUUGAAAUAUAACACUACACACACGACACUCAAUCUUGAACAUUGUAGUAUUGGACGUACAGAAACUCGAAUUCUUGCUGUUGUUUUGCGGCUUAAUACGACACUUACGACACUCAACUUGAGAGAUAAUAAAAUAUCGAGUGAAUCAGCUCAAUAUCUCGCCGAAGCUUUACGAACUUGCACGACAUUGACUACCCUCGAACUUGGAGGCAAUGAAAUUGGUGUCGAAGGUGUUCAACAUUUAGCUGAUGCUAUCAAGCACAAUAAGACACUCAAUACGCUCGAUCUUGGAUCGAAUGGAAUCAAUGCUGAAGGAGCGAAACAUUUAGCUGGUGCUUUUCAGAAUAACAAGACACUUAGUUCACUUGAUCUCAGAUCGAAUAGAAUCGGAAGCGAAGGUACACGCUAUUUAGCUGAUGCAUUUCGAUCUAAUGAGACACUUAUUACACUGGAUCUCACAGGAAAUGCAAUCGGUGCUGAGGGAGCACAAUAUUUGGCUGAAGCGUUUCACAAUAAUAAGACAAUUACUACAAUUUAUCUCGGGAUGAAUGGAAUCGGAGUUGAUGGAGCGAAACAUUUAGCUAAUGCUUUUGGAAACGAUAUGGCACUCAGUACACUCGAUCUUCGAGGUAAUGAAAUUAGUGCAGAAGGAACACGAUAUUUAGCAGAUGCCUUUCGAAAUAAUAAGACACUUACCAUACUCGAUCUCCGUUCCAAUGGAAUAGGAGAUAAAGGACCACAAUAUUUAGCUGAUGCUUUUCAUGGGAAUACGACACUUACCAAACUUCAUCUUGGAUCAAAUGGAAUUCGUGCCAAAGGAUCACGAUCUUUAAUUGAUGCUUUUCGAUAUAACACGACACUUACUACAUUUGAUCUCUCAGACAAUAGAAUCAGCGUGGAAGGAGUGAAAUAUUUAGCUGAUGCUUUUCGAGAUAACAAAACACUCACAACGCUCAAUCUCUCAAAUACUAAAAUCGGCAGUGAAGGUGUACAAUAUUUAGCUGAUACAUUUCUCAAUAAUACAACACUUACCGAACUUGAUUUGUCCAGUAAUAAAAUGGACUUCGAUGGGAUUCAACAUCUAGCAGAUGCUUUGCGAAAUAACACAACACUCACUAUACUCAAUCUUUCGGACAAUAAAAUUGGUGAUCAAGGAAUACAUUAUCUAGUUGAUGCUUUUCGAGAAAAUACAACUCUUACCACACUCGAUCUAUCAGAUAAUGAAAUCAGUGCUGAUGAAGCACAAUAUAUGGCUAAUGCUUUUGAAGAUAACAAAAUACAAACACUCGACACCCAGAGCCCAGCAACAACUGACGUUUUAAUUGGAGUACCUGAAGCUGUAGCAGAUGCGUUACAACGUACCAAAAGUAUUACCACACUUCGCCUUCGAGACUUAAAAAUUGAUCCAAAAGGUAGUCAACGUCUAGCUGUUGCUUUACAAAAUAAUAAGACACUUACUACACUCGAUCUUACGUCAAAUAUAAUUGGUGCCGAAGGGACACAAUAUUUAGCUGAUGCUUUUCGAAAUAAUACAACACUCACUACACUUGAUUUGACGUUGAAUGCAAUUGGUGUUGAAGGCAUACGAUCUUUAGCUGAUAUUUUUCGAAAUAAUACAACACUCACUACACUCAAUCUUCGAUCAAAUGGAAUUGGUACUGAAGGAGCACGUUAUUUAGCGGAUGCUUUUCGAAACAAUAAAACAUUUACUACAAUCGAUCUUCAGUCAAUUGAAAUCGGAGAUAAAGGUGUACAAUAUUUAGCUGAAGCUUUUAAAGACAACAAUACACUUACCACUCUGAAUCUUUCGGAUAAUGCAAUCAGUGCUGAAGGAGCACAAUAUCUGGCAGAUGCUUUUCAAAAUAACACGACACUUAUCAAUCUUGAUCUCUCAUAUAAUGCUAUUGGUGCCAUUGGUACACAGUAUCUAAGUAAUGCUUUUCAAAAUAAUACAACGCUUACUAGUCUCCAUCUUGGUUCAAAUGAAAUCGGUGUCGAAGGAGCACAAUAUUUGGCAAAUAUUUUACGAGAUAAUGAGACAUUUACUACGCUUCAUCUUCGAUUAAAUGCAAUUGGUGAUAAAGGGAUACAAUAUCUAGCUGAUUCUCUUCGAAAUAAUAAGACAUUGACUACUCUCGAUGUUGCGGAUAAUGCAAUUGGAGAUAAAGGUGUACAACAUUUAGCUGAUGCCUUUCGAAACAAUGAGGUUCUAACCAUUCUUCAUCUCGAAAACAAUUAUAUAGGAAAAAGAUCCAAACGUCGAGUGAUUCAAACUUUAAGACAAAAUACUGGAUUGAAGUUGUUUCUCUAA